GUUGGCGAGACGGUGCACCUACGUCAUACAGAUUGACGUACCGCGUCCGCGCCAGCAGCUGUGAUGAAAAAACAGGCCAGUACCAGAAACUUCAUGAGCUUAACAGCUGAGUGAUUUGCGAGAAAAAACCUGUCAGAUGGACAGUAGAAAACAUAAUGAAAGACAUUGAUACGAUAGAAGGGGUCAAAGAUGACUUGUGGUGUGAAGGGGCAGAGAAUGAGGAAGAUGAGGAGCACCCCGUGAGGCACAGCUUCUCGGUGGAGGACCUUCUGGACGAGGUGGAGAAGAUCAGCAGCGCUGCCUCGGGGAACCAGAAGGUUGAAAUAGUGGUGAGGCUGUGGAAAGAUGGCUUCACUCUUAAUGACGAGGAGCUCCGCAGUUACACUUCAGAGGAGAACCAGGAGUUCCUGGAGGCCAUCAAGAGAGGGGAGCUGCCUCUGGAGCUGGAGAGCCGAGCAGAGGAGGAGGAGUUGGAGGUGAACGUCGAGGACAUGAAAGAUGAUAUGUACGUCCCCAGGAAAAAGAUCUUCCACCCAUUCUCAGGGAGGGGGUACAGACUGGGAAGUGUGGCACCGAGGGUGGUGGCCAGAUCCCGGUCAGUGCACGAGGACGCCAGCGACCCUCCGCUGCCCGUUGUGGAGCUAAAGGACGACCAGCCGGUCACCUCGCUGCAGAUCUGGCUGGCUGACGGGCGGCGCCUGGUCCAGAGGUUCAACCUCUCUCACCGGAUCAGCGACGUGCAGGACUUUGUGGGCCAGACCCAGGCGACGGAGGCGCCCUUCAUCCUGACCACGUCUCUGCCCUUCAGGGAGCUGACGGAGGGAGGCCUCAGCCUGGCCGAGGCUGACCUGAGUAACGCCGUCAUCGUGCAGAGGCCCCUCAACACACACGCCCCCUUCGGACAUUCCUGACUUCAAGGCAACCAGAGCCCUCCCUCACCUGCACACACACACACACACACACACACACAUAUGCACAUGUGCACACACACACAGGCACCCCUAACUAGCCCUCCCCCCACUCUUGCACCCCGCACAUCCCUGCCUCCCUAGAUAAAGGGAUGACGCACAGAGACUCCAAAAUCACUUGACUCUUUUACUCUCUCUCUCUUUCUCUCUCUUUGUCUGUUCUAUUCAUUAUUCGUCAUGGACUUGCUGUUCACGGGAACAAACACAAACACAAACACACAAGGAAAAAUCCAGGCCAUACCUUCUACCACCAACGCCAGCGUCCAUUCUACUAGUGCUUUUGCCCUGUCUUGAUUCACGCCAUCCCCUGCCUAACCUUAAAUGCUACACAAGGACUCGACUCAAGUCGGAAGACUGUAAAGUGCAGGUCAUCGACAGGGCUUCCCUUGAUGUGGUGCAGCGUUUGCACCUCGCCACGGCUUUGUAUAUCACUGUGUACAGAACCUUAAUGUGAAACAGAUACAGUCAGCUCUGGGCAUGGUGGCUGAGCCUGCUUCAGUCACACAGCAAGGAAUGUUGUAUCUUUAAGUAAGCGUCCAGUCUGCAAUGCGAGACUAGUUAUGUAUAUCAAAGCAAAGCGAAUGGAAAUAUGUGAAAUUAUGCUGUUAUCUUGGAAUGUGUUUGAUUGUUCAGUUGCUUGCUGAAAGAAAGAAUUCAUGCACUUUUUUGCGUUCUUCUGGAGAUACAUGGAUGACCAAUGCCUGCAAUAAUAAAGAAAUAUUAAACAAAAUCAA